AUGCUUCCCGAGCACGGCUUUGAGCACGACCAGCCCACCAACCCCCUUCACUCCAACGAUGUGUACCCCCAAAAGUCGGGUGCUGUGCCUCUGUGGUUCCUGUCUCCUAAGGAAGAGAACGAGGUUCGGGAGGAGACCCGAAGACUAGCACGAAUUGCAUGCGCCGAUGUGCUCAAGGUCUUUAGCGAUUGCACAAAGGGCAGAACCGUGUCCAUGCUGUGGGCCUGUCGAAUCGAAAAGGCCAACAUGAUGGAGUGUAUGGCUUCACACUCCACCAUGGAGGACUUUGACAGGGCUCGAGAUGAGUUCGUUCAAAAGAAAGCUGACGCUAUGGCUGAGAACAAGGAACGUCUGGCGCGGGAACGAACCAAGUCUAACUAG